UUGGUGGGGAGGGAGACGCUAUAGCUAUGAGUGACGCUUGCUGUGCUCAACCUCUGGACAAUAUGGCAACGUACAGGCAGCAGUCGACUCGUUAAACGUUAACGUAAAGUAAAUGUAAAAAUAAACGAACAAAUAAAGCAGGAAUACACCUCACGCUUCAACGGGGCAGCCCGCCCAUUAACGGGUACUACCGGCCCCACACGCCCCCUCCAGCUUCCGCGGCUCUCGUCUAAAUUGCACCGUGGCUCUGAGUGAGAGGCGGCGGACCGACGAGCUCUGGUGCUGUCUGCCUGGUGUGAGGGCUUCGGACUGAUGUCUCUGCCUGUCAGGAAUUUAAAGUGUCUUUCUCCGGUCAUGUGCCAGUGUAAGGUCAUCUGCAGCAACCGGACCCUGUCUCUUAUGUUCGGGUGUAAGAAGUACAGGUACCAGGAUGAGGAGACGCCCCCCUUGGAGCACAGUCCAGCACAUCUGGCUCAAGGGAAAAGUGCAGAGAUGCUUCAUAUGAGUGACAAAAACCUCGCCGCCAUGGAGGCGAUCCAUGGCUACACACCACACACGCAUAUCUCACCUGUCAAGCCUGUGUUGAUGUCUACGGGACACACUCCAAUGUACACCUCCGCUGUUUCCACACUGGGAAACACUCCUCCAGUGGUCGUGAACACUGACACACUCGAUGGCUCCCCAUAUGUGAAUGGGACAGAAGGCGAAAUCGAGUAUGAGGAAAUCACACUGGAGAGAGGUAACUCAGGCCUGGGCUUUAGCAUUGCAGGGGGAACAGACAACCCUCACGUGGGCGAUGACCCCAGCAUCUUCAUCACCAAAAUCAUACCUGGAGGAGCUGCUGCUCAGGAUGGACGGCUGAGUGUGAACGACUGCAUCCUAUUUGUGAAUGAUGUGGACGUGAGGGAGGUGACACAUAGCCAAGCUGUGGAGGCUCUUAAGGAGGCAGGUGCUAUCGUCCGCCUCUACGUUCUCCGCAGAAAACCAGCAGCGGAAAAAGUCACUGAAAUCAAGCUCAUCAAAGGGCCUAAAGGAUUAGGUUUCAGCAUUGCUGGAGGGGUGGGGAACCAGCACAUACCAGGAGAUAACAGCAUCUAUGUCACUAAGAUCAUUGAAGGCGGAGCAGCUCAUAAAGAUGGGCGUCUGCAGAUUGGAGACAAGAUCUUAGCGGUGAACAACGUGUGUCUGGAGGAUGUGAUGCACGAGGAUGCGGUGGGGGCUCUGAAGAACACAGCCGAGGUGGUGUACCUCAGGGUGGCCAAGCCCAACAACCUGUUCCUGACCAACUCGUACAACCCUCCUGACCUCACCAGCACAUAUUCCCAUAUGGAUACUGAACUUAGCCACCCAAACUAUCUCGGAUCUGAUUACCCGCAAGCCCUCACUCCCACCUCACCGAGUCGGUUUUCUCCUGUUCUACACGGCAUGAUGGGAGAUGAUGAUAUUCCCAGAGAGCCUCGUCGAGUUUUGAUCCACCGAGGCUCCACAGGUUUGGGAUUUAACAUCGUCGGAGGAGAGGACGGCGAGGGGAUCUUUAUCUCCUUCAUCCUGGCAGGCGGUCCAGCUGAUCUCAGCGGAGAGCUGCACAAAGGGGAUCAGAUCCUCAGUGUAAACGGCGUGGACCUGCGUAUGGCCACACACGAACAAGCAGCUGCAGCACUGAAGAACGCUGGCCAGACAGUUACCAUCAUCGCACAGUACCGACCCGAUGAGUACAGUCGUUUCGAGGCUAAGAUCCAUGACUUGAGGGAACAGCUGAUGAACAGCAGCAUGGGCUCUGGGACGACAACCCUAAGGAGUAAUCCAAAGAGAGGCUUCUACAUCAGGGCUCUUUUUGACUAUGAUAAAACUGCCGACUGUGGCUUUCUCAGUCAAGCACUUGGGUUCAAGUUUGGAGACGUGCUGCACGUGUUGGACUGCGGAGAUGAAGAGUGGUGGCAGGCCCGUAAGGUCAGCCCGCAGAAUGAGGCUGAAGAGGUUGGCUUCAUCCCCAGCAAGCACAGGGUGGAAAGAAAAGAGUGGUCUCGUGUUAACACCAAAGAGAGGGACCUUGGUCGGGACAGCUUGAGCACACAAGGGAGAGAUAAAGCCUCACACAAUUAUGAGACAGUUACCCAAGUGGAAGUACAUUAUGCAAGGCCCAUCAUCAUUCUGGGUCCUGUGAAGGACAGGAUAAAUGAUGACCUGUUGUCUGAGUUCCCCGAUAAGUUUGGAUCUUGUGUCCCACACACCACGCGGCCCAAGAGGGAGUAUGAGGUGGACGGGCGAGACUAUCACUUUGUGUCCUCCAGGGAACAGAUGGAGAAGGACAUCCAGAGCCAUCGGUUCAUUGAGGCCGGACAGUACAACAGUCACCUGUACGGCACGAGUGUCCAGAGUGUCCGUGAGGUGGCUGAGCAGCAGGGGAAACACUGCAUCCUGGAUGUCUCAGCCAACGCUGUGCGCAGACUACAAGCAGCUCAGCUUCACCCAAUUGCCAUCUUUGUGCGGCCCAAGUCGCUGGAGAAUGUCCUAGAAAUCAACACUCGCCUGACAGAGGAGCAGGCCAGGAAAGGAAUGGACCGAGCCCUCAAACUAGAACAAGACUUCCUAGAGUGUUUUACUGCUGUCGUGGAAGGGGACAGCUUUGAAGAGGUCUAUCACAAAGUAAAGACAGUGAUUGAGGAGCAAUCAGGGCCUUACAUCUGGAUCCCCACUCGGGAGAGGCUGUGAUGCUGCACCCGCUCGACCACCCCUCCCUCACAACCACCGAUCGACCGCCACCCUUCACCCUCACAGCCAAGCCAGCCUCGCCUGCCUGCCUGUCUGUCCUCCAGCAAAGUCAGUGCUUAGGCAAUCACUGAGAAUGACACAGAGAGAUAAACGCAUACUAAGACAAAACACAGCGACACCGCGAGGCAAAGAACGAUACCAAAAAAUAAAAAAUAAAAAGGAGAGAGACUCUGACACAGAUGUAAAUGCAGCGAUGUAUAAAGAGACUGAGAGAAAAGACUAAACCAGUAUCCCACUAUAAUGAAGCCGACCCAGUUCACACUUUGCAUUAAAAUGCAUCUCGGAUACACGAGUGGACAGCUCUAGAUGCAGCUGUGACUGCACCCUAAACUGGGUGCUGGUGCGGGUGGGGGGGAUGCAAAUAUCCAAAUCACAGAUAAUAACUUGUGUAUAUGUAAUGUGUUUAACCUGUGUUUGGAUACAGGUGCACUUUCCCACCAGAUAGGGAGCAAAUGAAGUGACUAUUUCAGGCGGAUUUCAGUUGCAUUUUGAUGCCGGGUGUGAACUGCAGCCCACGUCACCUGGAGCUCAACACAGCAGUCUAGAUGUAUGUGGACAUGAGACAUUAAUUCUGAGCAGGGCUCGAAAGAAAAUAAAGGAUGACCUUGCAGAGAUGGACCCUGAGGUGCUAUCGCCUCACCUACAGAGCCAUCUCGAGUCUCAUGCCGACAUUGAACACCUCAGUGCACCGAUGUCUCAGAUGGAGGUCCCCCCUCACUUUAAAAACAAACAACAAAAGACAGUGGCCACUCUUUUUAUAUCACCUCCUGGCUUUCUGUCCUCCUCGUCCUGCCACCUCUGCCUUGUUUCAGGACAGGAACGGGGAAGACCGAGAACAGGGGCCCAGAUCCAGCUGAGUCCCACGUGACCAGGAGUCCUUUCUCAGCAAAGACCCGCUUUUUUUUUUCUUUUUCUUUUUUUUUUUCUUUUUGUGAUUCUCAUCUUGGUUCUGGGUGUGAACUCAGAAUAACACCUCAGUGGCCAAGACUGACGUUUGUUCGGGUCACCCCAUGUUGAAUAUUGCAAGGCAUUAUUUAAAGGCAGUUCAAAUAAUUAUAUUGCUAAAAAACUCAUACGCUGAAUUUCUGCAUGCAUCCUCAAAGACAACGGAGAGAGAAGAGAAAAACAAAGGAAGAAAAUCGUGAUAAUAAUCUAAAGGA